GUGUUUUCUGUUCUUGUGAGGGAUGUGUACACUAGUGCUUGUUUCUACACAGACCGGCAGGGAUUUGGGAUGUGGGUGGAGUAUGAUGUCAGAUAUCAUACGGCGGGCGUUGAAGAAGUGCGUUUUGCACGGUUUAUUGAGGGAUUUUACAGUGCUGGUAUGGUACAAGUAGAGGUUUUGUGAUUCGGUGCGAGUACUACUGGAGGCAUGGCUUGUCACUCGGUGCUUUAUCAUACCUUGAAAAACUCGAGUGGAAGGGGAAAUGUGCCAGGGCGUUCUACUUGCCUCUUCCGGUAAGGGCUUAUGCGUAUUAUUUUAGUUUUCUCUCAACUGGCGUCUGGGUUUGUGGUGUUUCCUCCUCACCCUAGCUAGGAAAGGGGGAUCCCAACGUUCUAUGGGGCGCCCUUUUAUUCUGUUCAGGAGCUCUAUUCUGCUUUGACCUUGGUCCCACUACCAUUCCACUUCCUAUCAUUUAUAAAUCGCGAGUUUCACUAUUUGACGUUCUUCACUAUAUAGAUGGCACAUAUCAUACUCUCCCUGCUGGGGCGCGAUGAUAGCUAUCCUCGGGUAGGAGUAAUGAUAUCACAGGAAGGUUCUGUUGAUAGUCGCCCCUCGUAUAUCAAAUGUCCGUUGGACCCUGUGUCUUCAGCAGCGCUUAUGAGGCAGCAAGAAGCAAGUGCAAUCUACUUGACCUAAGCAGAAUUUGGGUAUAAGUAGUGGACACGGAGGGGCCUUUUUUUUUUGCCGAAUACAGUGAGGAGCCCCUGUGCUGGGCCGAGCAUGUAUGCAGAAAGGUCUCUAUCCUGAACUGUUUACUCACGGAUGGGUUUGACAAUAUGAAUUUUUGUUCGGGGUGGUGGUAUGAUAUUAGGAGCUAUAUUUGUAGCUGCUUCGAGACUUUCAAGUCUGCCUCGGUUUGACUUCCGGUUCCGUAGAGAGACUGUGCUGAUAUGAAGUGCUCAAUCGUCAUGGGAAAAUCAGAUUUUCUCAUAUGUACUAAAUUUACUAGGGGAAGCUUUCUAUGGCGUGUUGAAUUCAAUGUGCUUAUACUGUUUUUUCAUUUUUUUCAUUCCUUCUUGUCUGUCAUUCUAUUGUUACUGAGAGAGUUGAAACAAGAGGCUUGUGAAGGUUUGGGAUAAGCUCUUGUGUUGGGAUGGUCCGCUCCAGAGCUCUUAUCAUACCUAGCAGCUGACCCAAAACACAAAACCUGUGUAGUGGUUCACCAAUCUGAGUUCAUAAUUACGCCUUACGUAUCUCAUGUCAUGCCCAUCAUCCAGCAUCCAAAUAGCGAAAUCGGUGUGCCGCCAGCAAGCGAGGUCGACCCGGCUCAAUACGCCCCCGGUCUGUCUUCCGCUACUGCUAGUGGCCCUAGCUUGUUAUAUGACAGAGAACCGGAGGCUAAUCAGGAGCUCACUGCUCAUUCCCCAACCCAAGGUAUAACCCAUACUAGUAUUCGUAAUACUCAAGGAAGAGUUUAGCUGACAGCCCCUCAACCCCAGGGGAGGGAAUUCCCGGAGUCAUUGGAACCGGGCCUUCGAGAGUUGAGGAGGAUGGCCAGUUAGUUGAGAAUAUGUUGGCGCCUAUUAUUUAUGAGGAGCCUGAGCCUAUUAUUUAUGAGGAGCCUGGGCCUAUUAUUUAUGAGGAGCCUGAGCCUAUUAUUUAUGAGGAGCCUGGGCCUAUUAUUUAUGAGGAGCCUGGGCCUAUUAGUACUGCUAGGGCAUCGAAUAUCCAUUCGGACUUCCAGGAGAAUCUACACUUGCAAAACGAGGAUGAGAGUGGAGAUCUUCAGGUGAUGUGGUACGAGGGAGAGGAAUAUUAUGAAGAAGAUGCCCGUUAUGGGCCAAUGGAUCCGUCUAUGGUAUGUAUAAUAGAUCCAGCGGCGGAUAUCUCUCUGCAGUUGAUAUUAAACCAUUCUAGUUCCUCGCACUCCUUCCUGAGACCUUUGCCACCACUAGCAUUGGCCUUGUUGCUGGAGCCAUCACUGGAGCUCAGGGGCGCCAUGAUGGCAUGGCCCAGACCAGAGCCCAAGCCCGGGACGUGCUGUCAGACCAGAAUGAUGGCGACCGGCACCUCCCACUCCCAAGGCUCCCCGGCAAUAUUACCCCUGCGAGUGCUACCCGCUCAUUCACUAUUCCCGGCCGAACACGUGUGGUCCACCAAUCUGUAUGGUCAACCACUAGAGCCCCAACCUUCCGCAAUGCUGCUGGAGAGAUAGACAUAAACCUCAUCCCUCACGCCCCAAGAACGGACCUCCCCCCUCCUCCACCACUGGUCCCUUUAGCGAGACUGACGGAGGAGCCUCCAGCAUCUUGGUUCGAGGGAAUGAGCGAAGAUUCCAGAUGUCCUGUUUUGUUUCAACCUGACUAUGUUGUUGAGUACUCUUUCCCAUGUGGACAUGCGCUUUGUAGGUGGUGUUAUGAGCAGAUUUCUCUGGUUUCGGAUCGGCCGGUUUGUCCACUCUGUCGCAGGGAGAUUUAGGUGGAGGUCGUGGGAUUAAUGGCAGAGACAAAAACAGGAGGGGGUUGGGAUAGAGAUGGAGGUGAUUCGAUCCGUAUAACCUGUUUCCUCUGAUUAUAUGAACUGAAUUACAUUUGUCCAUGGUAAUUCUUGAAGUUGAGGUCAGGAUAUUUGGUUUAUCUAGCAUUGUAGUCAGGUUAAGCUAGAUACAUAGUUUGAUAGUGUUAUAACUGGGUUAAAUUAUAACAAAGAUGGGAAUAGAAGUGUUGGAGUUCAUGCAAUUCAAGUUUUAUUGAUCAAGAGGACAAUGAGAACUAUUAUUCUUAUCGUGGAGAAAAGAAGGAAGAAGAAUAA